AUGGCUACGGCCAUUAAUUCAAGGCAUCUAGCCCUUGUGUUUCUGCUAGGAAUAUUUACUUUGGGAAGUGGUAACCCACGCGAUGUUGAUUGCUUGAGAUCUAUAAAGGAGUCCUUGGAUGAUCCAUUUCACCGUUUAUCAAGCUGGGAUUUUGACAACAGCACGGAAGGCUUUAUAUGUUACUUCGUGGGUGUUGAAUGCUGGCAUGCUGACGAGAGUAAGGUUCGAACUAUUAACCUACGCGGAAUGGGGCUAAAAGGUGAGUUUCCUAGAGGCAUAGCCAAUUGCUCAGCUUUAACGGCUAUAGACCUUUCAACAAAUAGUCUCUAUGGAACCAUUCCUUCUGAUUUAGCCAGUAUUGUCAAAUAUGCUACAAGUCUUAACCUUUCUUUCAACAAUUUUUCGGGUGAAAUUCCUGCAGGUCUUGCAAAUUGUUCAUUUCUAAAUUCCAUACAACUCAGCAACAACCAAUUAACAGGUCAAAUUCCUCCAGAAAUUGGCCUAUUAGAUCGCUUGAAGAUUUUUAAUGUUUCCACCAACCUUUUAUCUGGCCCAGUCCCUAAUUUUAUUAGCGCAACUAUGCCUUCUGAAAGCUAUGCAAAUAAUUUGCGGCUUUGUGGUGGUCCUUUAGAGCCUUGUAAGUCUAAUUCAGAAACAAAGAAACAGGACAAAAUCCUCUUCACAAGUGGUUUUGUGGUUGGAUGGGUACUUUCUACCAUCUUGGCUCUAGUUCUUAACUUGUUUAUUGUGCCUAUCCUGAGUGCAAGAAGCUUCUCAAGGACCACGAUAAGAUUUACCUUGCGAUAA